UUCAUUGUUGUUUUCGGUAGCUGCUGAACAAAUAAACAAACAAACAUACGACGUCUUCCUCAAUAAUACGCUUAUUUUAAAAGUGACGCGAAAAUGUGAAUUUUAAUUCCGGUUUUUAGUGUCUCGUGCUCAGUUCGUUUCCACAUGAACCGAUGUUUUCGCGCUGUUUUGGCUAAUUUUAACUUUAACGGAGGAUAAUCGCGGAGACUGAACCUUUAAAUAUGAGCUAGACUCAUUAAUAUUUGAUUUAAUCAGCUUUCGGUCAUUCCGUGACCCUGACUCAGCUCUUUUUUAAACUUUUCACACAGAGGUUAGUUUGUUUUUGUCCUCGCUCGAGCCGUCGGGCAGAUGAGAGGAAGAAGACAGUCACCAUCAUCAUCAUCAGGUAAACAUCGUCUCCUGAGUGUAGCCGAAGCAGGUGUUCGCACAUCAGCUCUGCAGCUGUUUAAUCCGUGUGGUCUGGGAGGAAUCUGUGGUUUCAUGAACCGUUUUAAUGAGGCUGUGAUUUAACCGUGAUUUCUGUUUUUCUGCUUAAAUGUUAUUGCUUUUUAUUUAAUUAGAACAGAACAAACAAAAAUUGGUGUCACAGAAAUAUCUCAGCCUCGAUGUAAAGGUAUUAGUGCCUUUGCGAUGGGUUUUAUAAGCAGUCCGUUUUCCUCUUUUUCAUUAAAUGUCGAUUGUCUUUCCAUAUCAUAUAGGCUACACUCAGUUGUUCAGUUUAUUAACACUUAGCUAAGGCUAAUGCAGCCUAAUACAACAGCUCUACAAUAAAUCCUCCUCCAUGAACACUACACGUGAAUGUCUCAGUCACCUUAAUGCAGCAAGACAGAAAACCAGCAGGAAGUUCUGCUUGAUUUUGUUGGUUAAAGUCACUCAGGCGCAGACCAGGAUGGCUCUGAGGAAGCAAAUAAACAAGGAUGCAUGUGGCGUUCCCUCUGAAAGCCAACAGAGCGACGAAGACACACAGGAGGAUGGAGCUGUCGAUAACCAAGACGACAAGGACGAGCACUCAUCCUCACUUCUGUCACUGCCAUCAGCAAGACAAAAACGCAGGAGAGAGCGGGAAAACAAAUCGAAACCUAAAGACAUGACAGAGGAGGAGAUGAUGGACCUGGCCCUGCGUCUGAGUGAACAGGAAGCCAGUGACUCUGCACUCAGACUGCAGCAAGAAGAGGAAGCCAUGAUGAAAGCCAUCCAAGAGAGUAUGGUCAGCCAGGCACAACCGUGCCCGCCUUCCCAAAGUCAAAGCCUGCGCGCUGAUGCUGACGCCUCACUCAGACUCUGCCCUCGACGGAAACUCUCAUACUCAAACGGGAGGAGGGCGUCUGCCAUCGAUCAGGGACCAUCAGAUGACAUCUGCACGGCUGAGACAGAACUGAACCAACAUCCUGCAGAAGCUAAAGAAACUGGAGGUGAAAAUAAUAACAGGAAUAAAAAGCGGAAAAGGAAAGAGGGAAGUCCUCUGCAGGAGAUGCCGGACUUGUCCCAGACUCAGAAUGUCUACUCUCAGACUUCACCCUGCAGCUCAGAGUCCGUCUCAGUGCCUCUGGACUCACAGGAGAGCUCUGAUUCGACCCAGAUCGAUGACUGUCAGCUCCGUAAAUCCCCUGUCUUCCCCUCGACUGGCUACAGAGCCGAGAUUCACGUCCCCCGCUUGAGCCAGGACUUGCUGGAAACUUGCAAAACCUCAGGGUUUGUGUUGUGCUCUCAGGACAGUUGGACCUCAACUCAAAAGUCUCUGCUUGCUCAACCCAAGAGCCAGACGUUUCCCAAAAGCUCUAAUAACCCCACAGCAUGUCCUAAAAGUCCUGUCUUCUCAGAGGCUGAUCAGGGAGACGAUGGAGAGAUGGAGCUCAGUGUUGAGUAUCUUAAAAGUCCUGUAUUUGGCAGGAAUACUCAGCAUGAGAGGUCUCCAAGUGCCUGCAAACCCCACGUCAGGGUCUGUAACCCAACAUGUGAAAACUCAGGGUUCAUCUUCUCUUCUCAGGAGAGUUUAAGCUCCUCCGUCAGGUCCGCAUCCUGUCGGCCUAAGAGCCCAGUGUUCCCAAGAAGCCCCAGCCCUCCCAAGAACCUCCCUCCCCCAGAGAAAAGCCCUGUGUUCUCAGAGACUGGUCAGGGACAGACUGAGCAAAAUCAUGGCUGUUCUACAAGCCCAGUGUUCGGCAGGACUGGGCAACGAGGGAAGACUCAAGCUGACGUGCAGAAGUCUGUGGCUCCUUCAGCUGCAGAGCUCGUACGUUCAGACAGUGACGUGAAUCCACCUGAAACCAGGUAUCCUUCACAGAGUCUGGGGCAGGACAGUGACGGUGAUCACGGUCACGAUGGCAGGUUUAAUAAGAUCACCACGUCGUCAGUCGAUGCACAGGAGCUGAACCCAGCUGAGACGGAGCUGACCAGUGAUAUGACGCUCCUCUGGUCUGAUGAGGACGAGGACAUCACGCCUGUCGGCUCUCCCAGCCCAGAGGAGAGACCUGUUCAUCGGACAAACAGCCAGGCUGCAUCCCUGAACCACGUGUCUGCAGCUUCUCCAGGGACGAACAGGUCGAACUGCAGCCUGAGGUGUGUUUCAGGCGGGGGUCUCAGCUCAUUCGAGGACCGGAGCAGCCCGAACAAGCACAUCUCGCUCGGACCUUCUUCAUCUUCUACAUCCACCUGCCAGCAGCUGCUUUCCACCACAGAAGAAGAACUACGGCCAGUCAGCAGUGGGGGGGCGGUUAGACAGGUGGCAGCCCCACCUGCGGAGCCUGCAGGCGGGCCCACGGUUCACUACUACUGGGGGGUUCCUUUCUGUCCACGAGGCCUGGACCCAGACGCCUACACACAGGUGAUCCUGGCUCAGAUGGACGUGUAUGACAAGAGUCUGAAACAGGCUCAGAGGUGUCUGCUGAGGAAGGCUCAGUGGGGGGAGGCCGUCCUGCCACGGCCGGAGAAAUCACCUUCACCUGAGUCGCAGGCUGAAUCAUCUCAGCGUCACUUCCCUCAAAGACGUGGCCUCAGACUGAGGGGCAGGAAGCUGUGUGAAGCAGCCGACUCGCCUCCAGCUAAAGCAGAGGAAGACAGGGAGGAUGAAGAGGAGGAGAAGAAAGAGGGAGGGGAAGGUGAAGAAGGACAGGUGGACAUCGAUGAUUGUGAGGUUUGUCCAGAAACUCAGCUGAGCGACAAUGAUGAUGACAUCACUGAAGAUCUGACCAUGGCCACCGACGCUGGAGCCGAGCUCCGACCUGAAAGUCCAAAUCUCCCUGAAGUCGAGAUGAUUCUCCGAGACGAUUCUCCAGCCGGGGCUGAGCCACAGGAGGAGGAGGAGAUGGAGGUGGACGCCCCAGUGGAUGGAAAGACAGAGGGACACGUCCCUGUCAGCGGCGGCGAGGGUGGAAGACAAAAUCUGAACAAAGAGGAGGUAACGGGGCACAGGGAGGAUCCAGAUGUGGAGGAGAUAAAGGACGGAGGACCUCAAAGGUCAGUCUCUCCAGAACUGGGCCCAGCCGCCGUCCCUCACAGUCCUGAAGCCAACGUGGACUGUCCCAUCUGUCAGGGAUCCUUCCCUGUGACAAAGAUCGAGUUCCACGCAGCGUUCUGCGACGGAGAGGUGGCUGUGGUGGACGAGAGGAGGCCUGAGGUCGACUGUUUCCAAGCAUCACUGAAGCCACGCAGGAAGAGGACAAGGAGAGCAGAGGCAACAGCCGAAGAGACAAACAACCCCUCCGACACUGGCAAGAACCAAGAGAAAUGUUACAUCUGUCAUCAGGUCGUUCCUCUGAGAGACUACAGCCGACACACCGAGGUCUGCAUCCAGCGCCGGACGGCCAAGGCUGAAGGAAAAGGAAAUCUGCUGUCAGCUCUGGAGCAAACGGAAACCAGGGAUUCAGAGGCCAGACCGUCUGGAUCCAAAGUCCAGCCCAGGGAGGUUAUUGAUCUGCGGGAUGAUGAUGAAGAGGAGGACGACGUUCCAGCGUUCAGGAUCAGUAACUCUCCCGUCAGAUCCUUCACUCCGAUCUCAGAAGCCACCGACUGCCUUAUCGACUUCAGAAAACAGCAGCGAGCCAAGAAGCCGAGCCAAAGACGAAGAUGAGCUGAGGAAGAUGAUCUCCUGAAGACUGGUGGUACUGACUGAAAAUACUGGAAACCAGAGCCUUAACUACAGACCUAAUGAGUUAUCAGGUCAGACGUGACGUUACACUUAGAAGUGACUGAGCGACUCCUUCCUGAUGUCAGAUUUGGGAUUUUUAUUCAGGUGAACAAACAAAUUCAAAUCUCACAUCUGUUCAGAGUGCAGAGGAAACCUGACACUGGCUCCUCCUGUGCCACUAAGUGUUUGCUAUAUUUUUGUUCAUCCAUGCUGAAGAUGUUUCAGACUACCUCUUCAUCUGUUGAAACAUUUCCUUUUUUUCUUUCUUUCUUUUUGUUCCUGUAGCUUCGCUUCAGUGUGUGACAGACGUUUGGCCUCUGAGUGAAUGUCACAUCCAUACAGACAUAAUUUCACUGUCCUGUCAGUUUGGAAAAUGAGACAUUUUUAUAGAUUUUCAUGGUCCCCGGCAGAUGAAUCCUCCUGAAUAUGGUGAUCCUUUGACGUUUCCAGGUCAAACUACGUUUAUGACAGUAAAACAGCUAAAAACUAGUGACUGAAUUCAAUCUCGUUGGCUGACAUGCCAAAUAUUAGCAUGCUGCUAAUGAUGUGCUCAUGUGCUCAUCAUUAAUCGUUGACUGCGGCCAACGAGUAAAGCACGAGUUCGUAACCUUCUCAGGGCAGUGCAGCUGCAGGCGUCGGUUCUAAACACUCCUCGAGCGCACAGUAUGUGGAAGGAAGUGCAAUGCACGUAGAACCUGAAAACUCUGAGUUUCCUCUUUAAGUUCUUUCAUCACAGCAUCUAAAACACAGCAGAGAUGAAAAAAAGCCUCAACACGUUUUGGGGGAAUUUAUUUCAGAUUGUGACGAUGUGCACGUCCGCAGCUCAGAAAGGUCGUCGCUGUCCUGUGAAAGCAUCACCCCUCUGUUCUGACCUUUACUUGUUUUCAUCGUGGACCAUUUUUAUCGCCGUCUGACCAAACCGCAGCGCGAAAAUACCUCAAAGUAUUUUCUGCCAAGCCGACGCUGAUGAGAGACGACAUACUGUACAUGUCCUCUUUUCCCGUUUUCUUUCAAUUCUUCAGCCUUGAAAACUGUAUCAGCACUUUAGACUGAGCUUUUCCAGCUGUUUGAAUUAGCAGAAGUAAAGUCACUGUAAAGCACUGAACACAUGUUGGCUCUUUGAUGGAACAGGUGAUGCUUCAUGAUCUUGUUUUCAGAGCACAUGAGUUUUAUUGUUUUGUUCCUCGAGAGAAUCUUUGUUCGCGAGGCCACAGGUGGGGCAGCGUUUGUCCGGCGCCGGCCAUCACGGUCGUGCUGCCGUUUCAGAUUCAAACGGCUGAUCUGAGGUCUGAAUUUCCUGUUGGACUUUGAAGCAAUGCAGUGACAUGCACAUUGUUGUUUUGUAAGACUCUGUCACAAUGUUCAGUUGCACCAACCGGACCAAAGUUAAGUCAGGUUCCAGUGAACAAUGAUAUACCUGAAAGGUCUUCAUCCAGUGUGAAGUAAAAGCUGAGCAGUAAAUCCUCAGAUGGUGGCCGAGCCAGACCCGGAGCCAGGCCAAAAGUAUUUGGACAGUUAGACAUUGUUUUGUCCUCCAGACUCUGAGUUUCAGCACAUUCAGUUUGAAAUAAAAUAACGAUACUGCAUUAAAGUGCCAUAUCUCUGCUUUAGUGUGAGCAGCCUUUGUUUGUUGUGUAUUAUGAGGCUCAGCCUUACAGCAACAUCCACACAGCACAAUGGGUAUAAAUCCUGUGCUCUAACAUUCAGCCACAGGAGCAGCGGUCAGGCCCGGCACUGAUGCAGGUGAUGAGGUCUGGCUGGUGUUGGUGAAAGCAUCAGAUCUGAGCCGUCCUCACAUUAACACAUGAAACAAACGGAGACGUCAGACUUCCAUCGUGUCGUCCACAUGGUUUCCGUCCUCUGAGCUUUGACUUCAGGUCUUUCUUUCUUUUUUUCGCUGAUUUUCUGGAGAUUCACUUAAAAUGUGUAUCAAAUGUGGAUGCAAACUUCACUUUGCUGUAGAUUUCCCUUCACAGGAAACUGUCAACAGGCGGUGAAAGCUCUUAAAUACAACCAAUUACAGUGAAUAAUAGAGACAUUCAAAUAUUUAACAUGGAAGAUGUGUAUUUAUCUUUUAAUCUCCAGUUAGAUGUAAAACCAACAGAAAAACAUCUUCAGCAGAUGGAGUUGAUCAGGACUCUCAUCGGUGAUGUGUGUAAAAGUGAUCAUAAUCCACCUGCUAAUGAAGAUCAUGUGACAUGAUCAAAAGUCUGGAAUAGCAGAUAAAACCAUUUUAUGAUAAUAAAGUCAUGUUGGUGCUGAUGUUA